UAUUGGCAAUAAUGGGUGGAAUGGCUCUGGGUUUAUUAUCUGUAGUAAUGUUUAUCAUAGUUUUUCCCCUUUGUGACAGAGACAAGUCUGUGGAAGUGACAGAUUUUAAGUCGAGCUGGAGAAAUGGAAUGGCCUUUUUAGCUGUCAUUCAUGCCCUUCGACCAGACCUGAUUGACAUGAAGAGUGUGAAGCACAGAUCUAACAGAGACAACCUGCAAGAGGCCUUCAGAAUUGCAGAACGAGAAUUAAAAAUUCCCAAAUUGCUGGAACCAGAAGAUGUGGAUGUUGUUAAUCCAGAUGAAAAGUCAAUCAUGACCUACGUGGCACAGUUUCUACAAUAUUCGAAGGAUGCCUUUGGAACUGGUGUGUCUCAGGAGAAAAUAAAAGAAGCUAUGACCUGGUUGACUCAGCAAGAGAAAAAACUAAAGAUCAUGUUAAAAGAUUCAGAAAAUGAAACCUACUCUAUAAAGUACGAGUGCCUGCUGUCCUUUGUGGAUUCAUUCAAUAAAGGAAAAAAGCCCUUUUUAUCCACUUUGUCAAUAAAAACGAAUCUGGAUGAGUUGAGUGGAGAUCAGUUAAAGCUGAGAGAAGUCUGGGACAGACUCAACUCCAAGAUUACUAUGUGGAAAACAAAGUUGAAUCAUGACUUGCCUUCACCUCUUCAUCAAACUGAAGUUUGGCUCCAGGAGGUAGAAAAGCUGAUAGAGGAAGAAGAUUUGUCAGACUACCAAAAUUAUUCUGAUGCGAUGACUCAGAUACAAGAGAAAAUGGCCUUAUUCAAGAGUCUGAUGGAUAAAUUUGACUACCAUUUGAAUAUUCUCCAGACGUUUGAAAAUGGAAGUGAAAAACAUUUGCCAUUGGUACCACCCAGCAAGUUAAAGGAAAUGGAAAGGCGAAUUUACACCAUUUCGAAGAAUAAUUUCAUUCUACUUCUAGACUUUCACUACUCUAAGUACUUAGUCCUUAGUUUGCUAGAUGAAGUGAAAUCAAAGUUGGAUGUGUGGAAUAUCAAAUAUGGGAACAAUGAAUCUGUGGAAUCAUUGCUGAAAGACUGGCAUAACUUUAUUGAAGAAAAAAGGUUUCUAGCUCAACUUGAAGCUUCUUUCCAAAAAUGUGAAGAAAGUUGUAAGAAUUUGAGUAAAGAAUAUGAGGCAAUUAGAAAGCAAUAUGAGAUGAUGGAAUACAAAUUUUGUACAUAUAAAAAAAGUAUAUACAAUGUGAAGUCUGCUCUACAGAAAGUUCUGGAGUAUUGGACCACGUAUGUGAAAAAUCUUCAUUUACUAAAGGCCUGUCUUGAGGAGACAAAGAAGGAACAGAUUAAAAAGGUUCCCGUUGACACAUUAUGCCAGUGGAAUCAAAACCAUGCAACUUUCAAUGAAGUGGGAAAUUUUUUAAUUGAAGUCAGCAAUGAUGAAGUUGGAUUAUCUAUUUCUAAAGAACUGAGAAGAGUGAAUAAAAGAUGGAAAAAGUUUAUUAUAAAGACUCAACUAGAAAUGAAAAUGCCACUUGCUAAAAAACAGAAUCCACCCAUGCUUGACAAUUCUGUAAAUAAUCAACAAUCUAAUCAAGGAAAAGCAACUGCUGAGUUUUUCACACACACAUCAGGAGAAAGUCCUGAAAAUCACAAUCAGAAUGUAAAGGCUGAUGAAAAAUCUGAAAAAGAAAAUGAAGAAUGCACAAGGCAACUAAAGAUGGCUGAAGAGGUAGAAAAACUGACUAGACAGGUGGAAAUCUGGGAGGCAGAGACCAAAUCUGUCUUGGAUCUUCUGCCAUAUGAAGACGAGAUGGAUCCCUCCAAGGAAGAUUCUUUGCAGCACCUUAUUGCUAAAGGCUCAAUGUACGAAGAACUUAUAUCUAGAACUGAAGACACUUUACAAAUGGAUAUACAGAAUAUUUCAAGCCAGGAGUCUCUCCAACAUAUUCUCACAACCGGACUUCAAGCAAAGAUUCAAGAAGUUAAAGACAAAGUCCAGAUCAGUGUGGUAAAAUUACUCACGGUACUCAAGGACUCAGAGGACGUCUCACCCACCCUGGAUGUGCGGCUAAAAGUGCAGGAAUCACAGAAAGAACUUCAGUCAUCCAUGGAUAGGGCAGAACAGUUACUGAACCAAGAAGACUGCCAAAGUGAUUUGAUUUCAAAAUAUAAGGAAGCAAUAGCAAUUUUAAACACUAAAUGUCUGAUCAAAUACUUGAAAGCUGUUGAAGAGCUGAAAAAUGAUGUGACCAAAGAAGAGAAACAGUUUUUGGAAGAGAAGAGUAAAGAACUCUCCGCCAAUUGGCAGUUUCUUCAUCAUGAAAUGUCUUUGUAUAUUCAACAACUUAAAAUAGACAUCGAGAAAGGAAAAAUUAUGGACAGUAUUUCAAAACUUGAAAAACAAAUAAAUAAAGAAAAGAAACUAAUCCGCAGAGGAAGGACCAAGGGUCUGAUGAAAGAACACGAGGCCUGUUUUUCCGAGGACAGCUGUCUGUAUCAGCUAGAGCAUCAUAUGGCCGUCCUGAGGGAGCUCUGUGAUGAACUGACUUCCCCCAAAAGCCAACAGGAAGUGAGGCGAGCGCUCAGGGAAUUUGAGCAGAAAAUAGGAAGACUCCGGAAGUGUGCUGCUGAGAUUCAAGGGACGUUGAGGCCCAUGGUGGGGGACAAGUCGAGAACCAAGGGGACAAUGAACACAUCUGAGAAAAAAGGAAAAACUGCCCACGGUGAGAUGCCAGCUGCAGAAACAGAUCCUCAGCCACGAAUUGAAAAGGCAUAUGAAUCUAAGAAUUAUAGCCUGGAGUCAUCACAAUUAAGGCUUCCACAAGAAGAAAGCAUUAUGAAUGAUGAAAUGGAUCAAAAUGCAUUCACAAAGAGUUUAAUAGAAAGGUAUGAUACAUACCGAGAAAAUCUUACUCUACACCUUACAAACAACAAAUGCAGAAUUACUUCUGAUUUCCCUAGUGGUAAAGAAUGGAGUAGCACUUAUCUCCAAGAUAAACUCACUGACCUACAGAUCUUAAAACAUGAAACUGAUGCUUGCUGGAAAGAGUUUGAAACGACUUCAUUGAAUUUAGAAGAACUUGUAAGUGAUACAGACAAGGACUUUUUUAUUACAACAAGAGAAACGUUAAAAGAAACAGAAAAUGAGCUUCAGAAAAAUCUUAUUUCCAGAAUGGAGUCCUUGGAGACUGCGCUGCAGAUUGUAUUACCUGUGGAGAGGGAAUCACUCCUCAUCUGCAGCUCAGACUUGUUCCUCCAAGAAAUAGCCAUUCAAGAACUCCAACUCAUUGACAUUCAUGGCAUUUAUCAAAACUUAAGGACUAUCCAAGAUUCCAUAGCAAAACAGAUGGAUAUAUGUAAGCAUUUGGAACCGUCAGACAACUUGGCAUUCAAACAAUUACACCCACUAGAUUUACAUGCAUCACAGAAGAUUGUAGAGACACACAGAACCCAACUCAAAGAAAUGGACCUCAAAGUGCAGAUGUGUGAAGAUAUCCUCACAGCCCUUGAAGAAUUUUUGGCUUCUCUGAGAACAGCAGAAAGUAUGGCUGAACUUGGAAUCUCCUCUGAUACAGAAGAGGUACCAGAGAGUAUUUUGCUAGUAGAAAGUCAGGAAGGAAAAAUUCAUCCAAAAGACAAGGCCAGGCAUUUGGACAAAUGUUUGGAAAUGCUUGAGAUCAGCUUAAAAAAUGUUGACUUGAAUGAAAUAACUUCCUGCGAAGAAAUUGUUGAGAUAGUGUCCACAAAGUUGUUAGAAUCUUGUGCAUCAAAAGAGCUUCUUGAGAAAGACAAAUUGCGAGAAACUUGUGUUUCCAAAAGUAAUGAGUUCCAGAAAAAUAUCCAAGAUUUACACAAUCAAAUCAGUAAAAUUGGUCUGAAAGACCCUACUGCCCCUGCUGUGAAACAGAGGAAAAAAUUAUUAAUGAGACUGAAUAAGGACCUAGAUGAAUAUGAAAAAGAGAAGAAAUACUUAGAAGAAUUGGCUGAUUCUAUUCUACAAUUUGAAGAUGACGGAGAACACGCUCUGAGUGAACAUUGCAGAAAUACAGCCCUUUUGUGGGAGAAUACGAAAGCUUCUAUCACUGACUGCAUUGACCAAUGCGAUCAUGUUUUGGAGCUGUUAAAACAAUACCAGAACUUCAAAAGUCUCUUGACAUCCUUGAUUCAAAAAGAAGAAAGUGCCAUGUCCCUUCAGUCUUCGUACAUGGGCAAGGAGAACCUGAGAAAACGAAUAACCGAGAUUGAAAUUGUCAAAGAAGAAUUUAAUGAAAACGUUGACAGUGUAGACAAGAUUAACCAGAUCUGCAAAAAUCUUCAAUUUUAUCUAAAUAAAAUGAGAACAUUUGAAGAGCCUCCUUUUGAGAAAGAGGCUAAUAUUAUUGUAGAUAGAUGGCUUGAUAUAAAUGAGAAGACAGAAAACUACUGCGAAAAUCUUAGCCAGGCUCUAGCCUUAUGGGAAAAACUUUAUAACUUAAGAAAUAGCAUCGACGAGUGGACUGAUAAAGCCUUGCAAAAUUUAAGUUCUCCAGAAUUACCUCAACUGACUGAAGAAGAAAAAGAAAAUAUUAAGGAAGAAUUAAAGAUCUAUGAGCAAAAACCGUCUGAAUUUUCUAAAAGAGUGUCCAAAAUACAAUGCCUGCUUCAAAGCAAUGAAAUACCUCUUGAAUUACAGAUCAUGCAGUCUUAUAUUUUGAAGAAGUUAGGUUGGGUGAAGAUGACUUUAACAGGAGAUUCCAACUAUGACGAUGUCCUCAGUGGCAGCAGUGCUGAGCUCAGAGAGGAUCUUGACCAAGCCAAGACCCAGAUGGGAAUGACCGAGUCUCUCCUAAAAGCUCUGUCUCCUUCCGACAGCUGGGAGAUCCUUACUAAACUAGAGGAAAUACAACAGCAAAUUCUGCAGCAGAAGCACAGUAUGAUGUUACUUGAGACUCAGAUUGGUUGUCUGACUCCUGAACUCUCUGAGUUGAAAAAGCAAUAUGAAAGUGUCAGUGAUUUAUUUAAUACCAAAAAAAGUGUUUUACAAGAUCACUUUUCUAAGUUACUGAAUGAUGAGUGCAAAAACUUUAAUGAUUGGUUCAGCAGCAUGAAAAUGAGCCUUGAAGAGUGUUUUGAAUCAUCGGAAACAAAAAAGAGUUUGGAACAAAAGCGACAGAAACUUUCCGACUUCUUGACUCUGGAAGGAAGAGACAGUAAAAUACAACAGGUGGCAACUGUACUGAAUCAUGUGAGGAAGCUUCUGCCCAAAGCUCAAGUUAAGGAACUGAAGAACUGGAUUGUAAAUGAAGCGGAUGAAUUAGAAAAAAUGGAUUCUGUUUGCCAGGUGCGAGUAAAGGAGCUCGAGGAAUGCUUGCAACAGCUACUGAGACUCCAGGAUGAUCACAGAAAUCUGAGUAAGUGGUUAACAAGUCAAGAAGAGAAAUGGAAAGAAAUGAAAGACUCUGGAGAGAAAACUGACCUCUUUUACCAAACAAUAGCUAGAAAGAGGGAGCAAUUUGAAUAUAUGGCCCAACUGAAUAACUCUUUGAAGGACUGUGGACUUACUGAAGAAUUACUCAUGGAAUCAACACAGUUGAUUGAUAGAUAUCAGAUAUUGUUAAGACAAUUUUGUGACUCUGAGGAAGAGGUUCAAUUACCUUCUGCUGAAGAUCAGAGCUUCAGUGAUCUUGCACAUGAUGUAAUUCAGUGGAUAACGGAGAUUAAAGAGGCGCUUAUGGUGUUGAAUUCUUCUGAAGGCAGUAUGCCACUUGAGGAAAGAAUCCAAAAAAUAAAGGAAAUCAUUUUACUGAAACCUGAAGGGGACGCUAAGAUCCACACCAUCAUGAGUCAGGCUGAGGCGAGCAUGGCUCCUUCACUUCCUCAGGCCCUCACUGAGAUUCAGGACCAGUGGGACAGCACUGUCCAUUUAGCCAACACAUAUCUGAGCCAUCAAGAAAAACUUAUGUUAGAAGGAGAGAAGUAUCUACAAAGUAAGGAGGAUCUGAGACUAAUGCUGACAAAACUGAAAAGGAAGCAGGAAGUGGGGUUUGCACUACAGAAUGGUUUGCAGGAGAAGAAAGCUCAACUCCAAAUUUAUAAGAAAUUCCUCAAGAAAGCCCAAGAUUUGACAUCCCUGAUAAAGGAAUUAAAAUCUCAAGGAAAUUACCUUUUAGAGUGUACUAAAAACCCCAACUUUAGUGAGGAGCCUUGGUUGGAAAUCAAGCACCUACAUGAAAGUCUUCUUGAGCAAUUGCAGGAUUCUGUGCAAAAAUUGGAAGGUCAUGUUGAAGAACACAACUCAUACGAGGUCUGUAUCACAGAACUCAAUGCUGCCCUGGAUAAUAUCACCGAGGGGCUUCUCAGUUUGUCUGAAACGUCUCUGGAUCAACCGGCAGUUGAAGAUAAACUUCAGAAACUUCAGGAACUAGAGAUAAGACUCAGCUCACAAGAUGGCCCAUUAAAGAAGAGUUUAGCCUUAGCAAAAUCCAUUGCACCAAAUACAUCUUCAGCAGGACAGAAGAUUAUUAAAGACGAUAUACAAUCACUUGAGGGUAAACAAAAAGAUUUGGAAAAUAGAAUUCAGAGUGCUAAGCAGGAGACAGAAACUCUUCUCAAUAGCCUGCUCCAAUCAAAAUGCUCCACAGAAAAGAAAGAAAAGUUUCAUCUGGCAAGUGGAGCCAAGCAGGUCACUUCAGAGGGGCAAGCGUCCUCUGAGGACUCAGCUGCUCUGGGAAAGUUGAAGGAAGGCCGGGAAAUCAAGGCGAAUUCAGCUGUGGAAAUGAUUUUGUCAAAACAACUUUCUCUUGAUGCUCAAGAAAACCUGAAAAACACUGAAGAUGAGCAGAAAGUCAAUGAGGUGCAAAAUCAACCUUUGGAGUUAGAUGUUAUGCUAAGAAGCGAACAAUUAAAAGAGAUAGAGUACUUAUACAUGCAGUUGGAAGCAAAGAAAGCUGCCACUGAAACACUGGAACAAGUGAAAUGCCUCAGUGACACAAGUGCCUUGGUUCUCCAUAAUGAAAAAGAUUCAGCACAACACUUGGAUAAUCUGCUUCAGACACUGAUGACUUUGAAGAAUAACAGAGAAAGCCAAUAUUGUCUCCUUAAAAAUGUUCAGGAGCACCUGUCUGCAAAUGAAUCCUCACUGAAAGCUCUGUUGAUAGAAAAGGAAGGUCUAAAAGUAGGACCACUGGAUAGUGAAACCUACUUGGAUAAAAUUAAAAAACUGUUGGCAUCAAUAGAAAAAGAGAAAGAUUCUUUAAGCAAGAUACAAAUUGAAUGGGAAAGUUUAUCAAAAUGUCUGACUCCCAUGGAUAAGAAGAUGUUGGAAACUCAGAUGAAGCAACUGGAACAUGGCUGGGAACAAGUAGAACAACUGGUCCAAAAGAAAUAUUCUCAGCAAGUAGUAGAACUUGACGAAUUUGAAUUUCUCAUGAAUAAGAUCCAAGACUUUGCUAUAUCUUUGCAGCGACAACAGCAGCAUUUGCAGUUAAGGAUGAACUCUCUGGAAGAACAGGAAGGGAACCAAGACGUGGUUGCCUUAGCCUCUGAACUACAAACUGCCAAUCAUCGAUUUUCAGGUUUAAAGGGGAAAACUGAACUUCGGAUGAAGAGAAUUUGGGGAGAAAAAGAAAAAAAGAUUUUGGAAAAUGCUAUCAAUGAUUUACAGGAGCAAUUGAAAGCAUUAGAACUAUCGAACACAGAGUUGAGCAGUCAGAAGUGUGAAAUCAGGAACAGAAUCAAAGAGACCAGCUUGUGGGUGGAGAACCAGUUGAGGGAAAUCAGUGCUCCCAGUGCCCUCCUCCCAGAUUACAUUCUUUCACAGAUCAGAAGAUGCAAGGUGGUGCAUGAUGGAGUUCUGGAAAAGCAACAGGAGGUGGAGUUGUUGGUUGAAGAGGUCCAACAGAAUAUUCCUCACCUUAUAGUACAAGAGAAGGAUGAGUCAAAUAACCUCCUACAAGAUUUGCAGAAUCAAUAUCAAAUGCUGGUCUUAAAAUCAACUCAAAGAUCACAGCAGUUGGAACUUACAUUGGAAGAAAGAGGCAAAUUGGUCGCAGCAUUAGGAAGGGUUCAACAUUCACUUCAAGCACACGAAGCACUGACAAUUCCCAAAAUGGAAGCUACCUCCACUGAGGCUGACCUGGAAAACCAGCUUGUCGCUUUGAGGACCUCACAAAAGGAACUGCAAGAAAAUGAGAGUGUAAUCUCAGUGCAUCUUCAAGAACUAGCAGACUUUGAUAAGGAUCUCAAUGUAUUUGAAAGACUCUUUCUGGAUGGUCGGUUGAAAAAUUUGAAGACUAGAGCCAAGAGAGCAAAAAGAUUAAUUCAGAAUAAAUGCAACCAAGUAGAUUGUAAGAUCGGUUUUUACAAAGAGUUCCAUGACAAAAUGUCUGUGCUUCAAAGAGAGAUUAACCAGAUAGAGCACAAUGAACUGCUACAAAAGUAUGAAAUGAACUGUGAUAUGAAAGAUGAACUGUAUAGACUUAGAGAUCAGCUCACUGGUAUUCAAGCAAGUGUCCUACAAGUACUGAAGCUCAAAGAAGUGUUUGCCUUGGUAGGUCUCAAAUGGGAAUGUCCCCAAAUUGAGCGGCUACAAUCCCAAGUAUUUGGGAAUAAAAUGGAACUUGAAGAAAAAAUUAAACAGUUGGACACAUUUGUAGCAGAGCAUGACAAAUACCAAGUAUCGCUGGGAAAAAUAAGGGCUAUGGAUUUACAGAAUCGACAAAGGGCUGAAGUGUUGCUAGAAACUCCUUCUUCUCCUGAAAGUAAUCUCUCUGAGGAUGGUCUGAUUUUGAAUCAGAGACUUGAAAAAGUCAUUUCCUUGUAUCAGAAGCUAAUAAAAAAGGUUUGCGAAAAUAAAGCCUUUGAAGACUCAUUCAAAGAGAAAGAAACGCUACAAAUUAAGCAGUAUAUAAAAGAAAAUGAGGAGUUAUACAGCGUUCUUCAAUCUGUUCUGCUGGAACACCAUCCGAGAGAAGUGGAUGAAAAGAAUUUUCAGGAUCAGUUAGAAAACUCCUUCUCUAUUCUCAACCAAAUAAAAUCUCAGUUAGAGCAGCCUUUCUUUAUUCAUUUGAAAUUUGAAGACAUUCAGAAAGAAAUGAAUGACUGUGAAACAUUUGAAGAACAAGUUCAGGCAGAAAUGUGUAGCCUUCGAGCUAUGACUGUGACUAAGAAACAAAGUGAAGAAAAUGCAACUGCAGCUAGUGACAUCGAAAAGAAAUUGCAAGACCUGCAAGAUCUUCACAGGCAGGUUAAUGCCAGUAUCAGUUUGCGCACAGAUGUCUUGAAUAAUGCCUAUGAGAAUAUGACUGACUAUGAUAAGGCAGUCUCCAAGGUUAUGGAGAUGAUCAGUGCCCUAGAAGCCACACUUGAAUCCCACAGAGUUGAUCCUGAUCAUCCAGAAGACUCACAGGAGAAGCCUUUCUGGAAGCAGAAGGAACUGGAAUCCACAAUAGGAGACAUCCAGGACCUCUCUGAGAAGUUAAGCACUGUCUGCAGCCCCGAAGCCAAACUCCAUCUUCAGCAAACUUUUCAAGAAUUAGCUUUUAAGAAUUCAGCCUUGAGAAAGGCAAUCAAAGCUAAGGAAGCUGAGCUAGACAGGUGUCUACAGAAUUGCAAACAUUACAGAAAACUUAAAGAGGAAAUUUUCACUAACCUCAGCAAAAUGGAGACAUCUCUUGGGCGGUCUAUGUCUCUAUUCCCAGGAUCUUAUAAAGAAGCUUUAGAGCACUCGGAAGAGAGCAAGGCCUUGGUUUCAAAUCUUCUGUCAACCAAAGAAGAGUUGAUGAAACUCCGGCAGGCCUUCAGACAUUUCAGAUCCGCAAACUCAGAAGAUGAUAGUCCACAUGUUCCAGACACCCUCAUGGUGCUAUGGGAAAAAUGGCUACAUCUACUGGAAGCAGCUAGAGACUGGGAGAUGUGGUGUGAGGAACUGAAACAGGAGUGGAAGUUUGUCAAUGAAGAAAUCGAGCGAGAAGCAAUUAUUUUAGAUAAUCUUCAAGAAGAACUUCCUGAAAUUUCCAAAACAAAAGAGGCCGCUACCAUGGAGGAACUCUCUGAACUGCAAGACUGUUUAUGUCAGUAUGAAGAGAAUGUGGAGACACAACAGCUGUUACUGACACUACUUCUUCAGCGCAUAAAAAGCAUCCAUAAUAUACCUGAAAACUUGGGCUCUGUGGAAACAUUUCCAUCAUUUAAGGAGAUCAUGUCCAUGCAAGAGCGAGGCCAUAGACUUUUGCAAAAAGCUCAAAAUAAUAAGGAAUUGAUACAGAAUGAAAUCCAAGAAAGGCAUUCCUUCACAAAAGAAAUAAUUGCUUUGAAGAAGUUAUUUCAACAGACUGCAGCUUCAUUGCAAAAUUUGGAAUUACAAGAGCACUCAGAAAAGGCAGAAGAGUUUGAGGAGCUUCAAAGCAGUUUUAAGAAAGGAAAGCUGACUUUAGAGAAUAUUAUGGAAAAACUGCGAAUCAAAUAUUCGGAAAUGUACACCAUAGUGCCUGCAGAGAUCGACUCCCAGGUGGAAGAAUGUAGAAAAGCUUUAGGAGAUGUAGAUGACAAGAUUAGCCAUGAAGUCUUGAAAAGCUCACCAUCAUUUGCAAUGAACAGAAAAAUAGAUGACAUCAACAACGGGCUUCAUAAUGUUGAAAAGAUGUUGCAGCAGAAAAGCAAAAAUAUUGAGGAAGCUCAAGAAAUCCAAAAGAAAAUGUGGGAUGAGCUGGAUCUUUGGCAUUCCAAGCUCAAUGAGUUGGAUGCUGAGGUCCAUGAUAUUGUGGAAGAGGACCCAGGCCAGGCUCAGGAAUGGAUGGAUAACUUGAUGGUUCCCUUCCAGCGGUAUCAGCAGGUGUCCCAGAGAGCAGAAUCAAGAACCUCACAGUUGAAUAAGGCCACAAUUAAGAUGGAGGAGUACCAUGAUCUCUUGAAGAGCACUGAGGCUUGGAUAGAAAAGACCAGUCAUCUGCUGACCAAUCCCUUUGACUAUGACUCUUCAAAGAUGCUGAGUCAGCAUGCUGACAACCUACAGAUGGCCUUUGAAGAUUCGGAGCAGAAGCACAAUCUUUUACAUUCAGUUUUCUCAGACCUAGAAGACUUGUCCAUCAUUUUUGAAACAAAUGAUUUAGCGCAUUCCAUACAGAAGUUAAGUCAUGAGGUAUCAACUUUACAACAAAAAAUAAUGGAAAGCCUUCCACAGGUUCAGCGAAUGGCAGAUGAUGUAGUUGCUAUUGAAACUGAAGUAAAAUCAUUGGAGAAAAGAGUUUCAAAAAUCAAAGCUAUUCUGUUAUCAAAAGAAAUAUUUGAUUUUCCACCUGAAGAACAUCUUAAGCAUGGUGAGGUCAUCCUCAACAAUCUACGUCCUAUGAAGAAAACCAUUGCUGAAAUCGUGUCUUACCAAGUGGAACUCAGGUUACCCCAAAUGGGAAUGAAAACUCUUCCUGUGUUCCAGCGGACAAAUCAGCUUUUACAAGAUAUAAAACUGUUGGAAAAUGUGACUCAGGAACAAAACGAGUUAUUAAAGACACUAAUAAAACAGAUGAGUGAAUAUGAUGAAGAAAUAGAACAUUUGAACCAGAUCUUAAAUGACUAUUCAGCUCAGUUUUCUCAUGAACAUAUGUUGCCGGACCAAAUUGUCAACCUGCCUCAACUACAGGGAGAAGUCGAAGGUCUGGAAAAGCAGAUUUUGAGUUUGAAUCAGAAGAAAGAAGACCUCUUGUCAGAUCUGAAAGCUGCCCUUCUGAAGCUUCAUCAACACUUGCAACAAGAACACCCAGAGCUAGAGAAAGAAAUACUGACAGCAGGUGCCUCAGAAGAGGUUGGCAUGACCGAGAGGGUAGUUCCUGAGAGGCAGCUGAAGAGGAAAGGGUCCAUGUCUGUCCUGCCUGCUGUCCAAGAGGAACUGGAAGAGGGUUCCCUGAAGAGUGAAAAUGGUGAUCAGAGAACACAGUCAUCUUGGUCUUUGUCCUGGAAACAUGAUAUGGAUAUGGAGGAAGAUGGAGCUGAAUCAUCCUCUGGAACCAUUAUUCAGGAGGCAUCCAAGAAAAUAAGCACCUGUGAUCAUCCCAUGGCACAAACUCUGACACCAAGCUCACUAAAGUCUGAACAGAACCCAGAAAUCUCCCCAGGUCCUACCCAGACAGCAGAGGGUUCCAUACUCCCUAUCGAGACGUCAACAUUGGACUUUUCUGAUGAUCAGAGAGCUUUUGAGGCCACGGUGGAGCGACCCAGGCCAGGGCCCGAGGAAAUCCUCCAUGUCUGCAAGAUUCAGGUGGCUGAAUUGGAACUGUGGCUACACCAAGUCAACGUGUCAUCUGAGCCGGAAACAUUAAACACGGACAUGCAGCAGGAGGUGGAGCAGCAGCUGGUAGGGUGCCAGACUAUGCUGACAGAGAUUGAGCACAAGGUGGCUUCCCUGUUAGAGAGCUGCAAAGACCAGGGCCUGGGAGAUACUGGAUCCAUACAACAAGAGGCUGAAGCACUUUCCUUGAAACUAAAAACUGUCAAGUGCAAUUUGGAAAAAGUCCAGAUGAUGCUCCAGGAGAAAUACAAUGAGGACCAGCACUCUGAUAUUCUAACGAAACCUUCAGAGCAACUGAAAGAUUUUAUACCAGAAAACCUCCCUGAGUUUGAAUCGUUCAUCACUGAAAGACUACAGUUCAGCAAGCAGAAAGAUUUCCAGCAGCAAAAGGUUCUGGAGUUAAAGCCAACGGAUCAAAAAGACUUGCUCAAAUUUAUAGAAUUGAAUGUACAGAAAAUAUUGCUCCAUGAUCAACCUACAAUGCAGUCUCCAUCUGUCAGCAGCAAGACCUCUGGCUCUCCUAAUGAUGCUCCAGACUCUGUCUUGUCAACCCAGGGCCAAAGUGGAGACAAAUGGCAAUAUUUGCAUCAUGAACUCGAAUCCAAAAUAAGCCGACCCAUGCCUCAGCUUGUGGAACCUCAGGUUGCCACAAACAUGAGUGUUCUACCAAGUGUAAGUGUCUAUAAUUUUAGAUAUCCAACUACUGAAGAACUAAAAACAUAUAUCACCCAACUUGAAGACCUUAGUCAAGAAGCAGUCAAUCUUCAGACACAGGAAAAUGUGCCUGAAGAGACUUCUGUGAACUUGAAGAACAAAUUAUUUGAACUCUUUCUGGCCCUCAUGCAGUGUCUCAGCAGCGUGGAGGAGCUGCUGCAGACUCCUGGGCUCUUCCAAGAGGGUGUGAGUGCCCAGCAGGCACACUGGGAGACGCUGGCUCUUGAGUUGCAACAACUCUUCUUAACUUUGAAUGACAGGAAGGAGGACCUUCUGAAAGCCACCACAUGGCUGGGCCUGAACUCCACCCAGUUCCAUGAAUCUUUUGAAAAGCUCCAUGACUAUCUGGUGGAGACACAGGCAGCGGCUGCCUCCCGCAGCCAGGCCCUGAAGACAGUUCUCGACUUCCGACACAGCUUUCAGGGUCAAGUAAAGAAAUUAUAUGAACAACUUACCAAGAAUAAAUUGUCUUUACAACAGUCUUUAAAUGAAAUAAGUGGCCAGAGCAUUGAUGAACAGCUUCAGAAAGCAGAUACACAUGCAGUGGAGCUGCAAACCUUGGAGAGUCAAGUGUCAAAGUUAAGGACGGAAGGGGAGACCAAUCAUUUACCUUAUGUUUUACUCCAGGAUGUUUACAAAUUAGAGGAUGUACUCGACAGUAUGUGGGGAAUCCUAAGAGCCAGGUACACAGAACUCAGCAGGCCUUUUAUCUCUGAGAGCCAGCAAGAAGCUCUUUUUCAAGGCAUGGUGGAACUAGUGAAUAUUGGAAAGGAAAAGCUUGCUCGAGACCACUUGCAACAAGCCCAAAGUAAAGAUGCCUUACAGGCUCAAAUACAAAGUCACAAGCUAUUUUUCCAGAAACUUGUUGCUGAUGUAUUGCUGAUCCAAACAUUCUCCCAAAAAAUGCUUCCUUCUUUAUUACAAAAGAAAGAGUCAUCUUGGGCAGAACAAACAAAAGAAGUUCAGUCACUAGAAGAAAAGGCACGCCAGUGUGGAAUCAAGCUUCAGAGUUUGUUGCAGAAAUGGGAAGAAUUUGGUGAAAACUAUAUAUCUCUUGAAAAAGAGUUGGAAAUUCUUGUAUCAACACUACCUUCUGUGAGUUUGGUGGAAGAGACAGAGGAAAGAUUAAUGGAAAGGAUUUCAUUUUACCAGCAAAUAAAAAGAAAUGUUGAUGAAAAGCAUGCCAGACUCUGCCAGACUCUGAAUGAAGGCAAGCAGCUGGUGGCAUCUGUGACCUGUCCAGAGCUGGAGGGACAGAUUGCAAAACUGGAAGAACAAUGGUUGUCCCUAAACAAAAAGAUCGACCAUGAGCUGCACAGACUCCAAGCACUGCUCAAGCACCUUCUCAGUUACAACAGAGAUUCGGAUCAGUUAACCAAGUGGUUGGAGUCUUCUCAGCAAACUCUGAAUUACUGGAAAGAACAGUCUCUCAAUGUGACUCAAGACUUGGAUACAAUCAGAAGCAACAUCAAUAAAUUUUUUGAGUUUUUAAAGGAACUUGAUGAGAAGACCUCCUUAAAGACAGCAGUGAUUAGUACGGGAAACCAACUUCUUCACCUCAAAGAAGCGGAUACAGCCACACUGCGGGCUUCAUUAGCACAGUUUGAACAAAAGUGGACAAUGCUCAUCACACAGCUUCCAGAUAUUCAAGAAAAACUUCACCAGCUCCAGAUGGAGAAACUGCCAUCUCGCAAAGCAAUCACAGAAAUGAUUAGCUGGAUGAACAAAGUGGAACAUCAGACCACACGUGAAGACUCUGAACAUUCGCUGAGUUCUGCAUCUCAAGUUAAAAAUCUUCUUCAGAAGCACAGGGAGUUUCAGAUGGAAAUGAACUAUAAACAAUGGAUCGUUGACUUUGUCAACCAGUCAUUACUUCAGCUCAGCACCUGUGAUGUAGAGAGCAAACGCUACGAGAGAACAGAGUUUGCUGAGCACCUGGGUGAGAUGAACCGCCAGUGGCACCUGUUACAUGGAAUGCUAAAUAAAAAGAUACAGCAUUUGGAACAACUUUUGGAAAGCAUCACUGAGAAUGAAAACAAAAUCGAGAUUCUGGGCAACUGGCUGGAGGCACAAGAGGAAAGACUGAAAACAUUACAGAUACCUGGGAGCAUGAGCUCAGUGCAGAAGAUGCUCCUGGAUUGCCAGGAUAUAGAAAAUCAACUUGCCAUUAAAUCCAGAGCACUCGAGGAGUUGAGACAGGGUGACCUGACUUCAGAGAGUGGGACGAUGCCAUUGUUAGAAGACACAGCAUCCAGGAUUGAGGAGCUAUUUCAAAAAAGGAACAGUGUUAUCAACCAGGUCAAUGAGCUCAAGCCCUCCAUGCAGUCUGUGUUACAGGAGUGGAAAACGUAUGAUAAACUCCUUGAUGAAGUGAAUGUGCUAACGAUCCGAUUCUGCUACUGUGUGGAGCAGAGCAAGCCUGUGGUCUUGUCCUUGGAGGCCUUGCAGGGCCAGGUGCAGAGCUUACAGUCUCUUCAAGAUGAAGCUGAGAGCAGUGAAGGGAGUUGGGAUAAACUCCACGAAGUUACUCGAAAGCUCGAAGAUUACUGUCCUUCAGUUGCUGAAAUAAUCAAAAAGAAAUGCCAGGAUAUCUAUACAAGAUGGACCCAGGUGAAUCAAGACAUUGCAGACCAGUUGCAAAAGGCUCAGAGCCUUCUGCAGCUCUGGAAGGCCUAUGAUAGUGCUCAUGCUGAAGCUGUGGCCAGACUGGAACUACAGGAGGCAAAGUACCAACAGCUGGCAAACAUUAACAUGUCUAGAAACAAUCUAGCAGAGAUCCUGACCCCAGCUGUGCAGGACUUAAAGGAGCUGCAGCAAGACCUGCAGAAGACCAAAGCAGCUUUCCUUCAGAACUCAGCUCUCCUGCACCGUCUCCCCACACCUGCAGAGGGCAGCACGCACAUGCCCCUCUGUGGUCAACAGCACUGCCUCCGGAGGGUGUCGUACCUGGAAAAGAUGCUGCUUGUGAAAGCCAACGAGUUUGAGUUUGUUCUAUCAGAAUUCAAGGACUUUGAGGACCAGCUAGAAUCUUUAAAAGAUGUUAUUAUUCGUGAAGAUGAGAAUUUGAAUGAACUCUAUCAGCAAGAGAGAGAAGAAAAUCCUGACCUACUCCUGACUUCUGUACUGGCACUGACGGCCCAGGCCCCCAAAGUUGAACAUUUGAAUGAAGUCAGCCUCAAGCUCCCACUCAGUGAUAUAGCCACAAAGACAUUGCAGAAUGUGAACCGGCAGUGGAUUAGAGCCACGGCCACAGCACUGGAGCGCUGCAGUGAACUUCAGGGAGUUGGAUUGAAUGAAAAGUUUGUGCACUACUGUGAAAAGUGGGUCCAGCUUUUAGAGAAGAUCGAAAGGGAACUCCUGGUGAAUCUUGCCCACAGCUUCCCAGCCCUCUUGGAACAACAGAAAACCUACGAGAUGUUAGAAGCUGAAGUGUCUAUAAACCAAGCAAUUGCUGAUUUCUACGUCACUCAUUCUUUACAACUCCUGGACACAACUGAAAGAGAAAAUAGCCCGGAAUUUGUUUCCAAGUUCGCAAGGCUGAAGGACCAAUGGCAGGCAGCUGCCUGGGGCAUCGGACAGAGGAAGAACAACAUCGACAAGCUGGUGAGACAGUGGAAGUCCUUUAUCUCCCCUGAGGCAGCUUUGCUUCGUUUCCUCACCAACACCCGCCACCUACUGUCGGCAGUGAAAGACCAGGAUUGCUACAGCCUCUGUCAGGCCAGGAGUCUACUCCAGGAGCUAAAGGAUAAAGAAAUUCAUCUUCAGAGAUGGCAGACCACCUAUACCCUGACCCUGGAAACUGGAAAAAAUUUACAGGAAACAGCAGACCUGGAAACUAAAGAAUCAAUAAGCCUGAGAAUCUGUCAACUUCAAGACAGUUGGAAGGACACAAAGCUGCAAGUAGAAGAACUAAAGAAGUACCUCCAGAAUAUGCUAGAGACUUGGGAGCAGUGUGAAAAGAAAAUCAAGGAGCUGAAAAGCAGGCUGCGAGUUUUAACAGCGCAAAGUAAAGAGCCUCUUCCAGAACUUCAUGAGGACCUCCAUAAAGAAAAAGAACUGAUCAAGGAGCUCGAGAACUCUCUAAGUAACUGGAAUCAGAACUUGAAAGAACUCCAUGCUAUAAAGACCCACUUAGCCCAGCACAUUCUUGGGGAAGACUUGAUGAUUUUGAAGGAGCAAAUAGAGCAUUUGCACAGACAAUGGGAAGAUCUCUGCUUGAGGGUGGCUGUUCGCAAACAAGAAGUUGAAGAUAAACUCAAUUCGUGGAUUGUGUUUAAUGACAAAAAUAAAGAGCUGUGUUCAUGGCUAGUGCAGAUGGAAAACAAAGUUCUACAAACAGCAGAUAUUAGCAUUGAAGAAAUGAUUGAAAAGUUACAAAAGGACUGCAUGGAAGAAAUCAACUUGUUUAAUGAAAACAAGCUACAGUUAAAGCAAAUGGGGGAUCAGUUGAUGAAGGCCAGCAACAAAGCAAGAGCCGCUGAGAUUGACGACAAGCUCAAUAAAGUUAAUGAUCGCUGGCAGCAUCUUUUUGAUGUUAUUGAAUCAAGGGUGAAGAAGCUGAAGGAGACCUUUGCUUUCAUUCAGCAGUUAGACAAAAACAUGAGCAGCCUUCGGACCUGGUUGGCCCGGAUUGAGUCCGAGCUUUCGAAGCCUGUGGUCUAUGAUGUCUGCGAUGACCAGGAGAUCCAGAAGCGUCUGGCUGAACAACAGGACCUGCAGCGGGACAUUGAGCAGCACAGUGCAGGUGUGGAGUCUGUGUUCAACAUUUGUGAUGUCCUACUGCAUGACUCAGACGCUUGUGCCAAUGAGACUGAGUGCGACUCCAUCCAGCAGACCACCAGGAGCCUGGACAGGCGCUGGCGGAAUAUCUGCGCCAUGUCGAUGGAGCGGCGGAUGAAAAUUGAGGAGACCUGGCGCCUGUGGCAGAAGUUUCUAGAUGAUUAUUCCCGCUUCGAGGACUGGCUCAAGUCUGCUGAGAGAAUGGCCGCUUCCCCGAACUCUUCAGAGGUGUUGUACACCAGUGCCAAAGAGGAGCUUAAGCGGUUUGAGGCCUUCCAGCGGCAGAUCCAUGAGCGACUCACCCAGUUGGAGCUCAUCAACAAGCAGUACCGGCGCCUGGCCCGAGAGAACCGAACUGACACGGCCAGCAGGCUCAAGCAGAUGGUCCACGAGGGCAACCAGCGCUGGGACAGUUUGCAGAAGCGUGUCACUGCCAUCCUGCGUCGACUCAGACAUUUCAUCAACCAAAGGGAAGAAUUCGAGGGCACCAGGGACAGCAUUGUGGUGUGGCUCACAGAGAUGGACCUGCAGCUGACCAACGUGGAGCAUUUCUCGGAGAGCGACGCUGACGACAAGAUGCGCCAGCUGAAUGGUUUCCAACAGGAAAUUACACUCAACACCAACAAGAUAGAUCAGCUCAUAGUUUUUGGGGAGCAGCUUAUUCAGAAGAGCGAGCCGCUUGAUGCUGUGCUCAUUGAAGACGAGCUGGAGGAACUGCACCGCUUCUGCCAAGAAGUGUUCGGGAGGGUCUCCCGAUUCCACCGGCGCCUGACCUCUGACCCUCUGGACUUAGAAGAUGAAAAAGAUGCCUCUGAGACAGAAACAGACAUGGAAGACCCCAGGGAGAUCCAGACCGACUCUUGGCAUAAGAGGAGAGAGAGCGAGGAGCCCUCUUCACCUCCGUCUCUUUGUCAACUGGUGCCCUCAACAUCAGGGCCUGAGCGCUCGGGCUGUGAAACGCCCGUCAGUGUGGACUCCAUCCCCCUGGAGUGGGACCACACAGGGGAUGUGGGGGGCUCGUCCUCUCAUGAAGAUGAUGAGGAGGGCCCGUUCUACAGUGCCCUGUCAGAUGUAGAAAUCCCUGAAAAUCCUGAGGCCUAUCUUAAAAUGACCACAAAAACUUUGAAAGCGUCUUCUGCUAAAUCCAUGUCUGACAGCCAUUCCUGGCACGUCCCUGACAGCCCUUCCUGUGCCAAGCUUCGCUACAAACAGAUGGGAGGUGAAAGGACCUCACAGCCCAUCCCCUCUGACACCAGCACUCCUUACAAACCCACCUAUGUAAAGCUGCUAUUACCUCCAAGAACCAAUGGUGGCAAAGAAGGUACAGGAAUCCUGAGUGAUCCCCGCCAGCAGGAGGAUGAGGGACUUUCCAGCCUCAGUGGGCAACAGUCAGGUGCCUUUGAAAGAUGGGAGCCUCUUCCAACACAGGAACUUCACAGUCAACUCCGAAUAAAGCAAAACUUGGAGCAGCUGAAGUCGGAACUCGGUGACAUGGCCACAUGGCUGGAGAAAACAGAAGCAGAGCUAGAAGCCUUGAAGAUGGCAAAGCCUCCGUCUGAUGUCCAGGAAAUGGAACUCAGAGUGAAGAGGCUGAAGGAGCUAUUAAAAGCCUUUGACACAUACAAGACACUAGCAGGCUCUGUCAGCGGGAGGAGCAAGGACUUCGCGCAGUCCGAGACCGCCGAGUCCAGGGAGGUCCAGGGGACAGUGGGCCAGCUGUGCGCACGCUGGGACUCAGCCCAGGGUGCCUUGGAGAACUGGAGAGCGAGCCUGCGACAGUCCCUGAUGCAGUGCCAGGAUUUCCACCAGUUGAGCCAGAACCUGCUGCUGUGGUUGGCACGUGCUGAGAGCCGGUGGCUGCAAACCCGCGUCACGGACCCCCAGGCUGACCCCCAGACACUGGUGGACUGUCGGGAAGGUCUAGAGCAACUGCAAAAGGAGCUCGUGGAACGACAACCUCAAGUAAAGUCCUUGCAAGAGAUUGCAAACAGCCUUCUGAUUAAGGGGUCUGGGGAGGACUACAAUGAGGCUGAGGAAAAGGUCCAUCUGAUUGAGACGAAAUUCAAACAGUUGCUGGAGCAAAUUUCUCAAGAUAUAAAGUCCUUGCAGGGAAGCCAGAGUCCAGACCUUUUUCUGCCUGGUGUAGAUCAAGGAGAUGCAGGAGACAAGCCUCCAAUAGCACCAUUGACACCCCCACAAGGAAGGCAGGUCAAAAUGGAAAGAACUGGGAAAGACAAGAGCAAGACCGCCAGCAAGGUGUCUGGCACAGCCAUUACCAGCAGUUCCCAGCCACAGCGCUCCUUCCUCUCAAGGGUGAUCAGAGCAGCGCUGCCCCUGCAGCUGCUGCUCCUGCUACUCCUGUUCCUGGCCUGCUUGCUGCCCUCCUCCGAGGAUGACUACAGCUGCACUCAGGCCAACAACUUCGCCCGCUCCUUCUACCCCAUGCUGCGCUACACCAACGGGCCUCCACCCACCUAGGGGGCUCAGCCUGGCCAGCCAGGCGACACCCCUGAUCUCUUCCUUUGGGGCCUGACUCAGGAUCCCUGAUGACUCCUCUGCCAGUGGCUCUGAGCAUCAGCCUAGCCCACUGACCCACCGCAGAUACCUCCCACCAAGCGGAUGCUCUGGGGACACCAGGCAGCCAACUUGUGCUGGCAGUGCCGGAACUCUUUGGCAAAGUGGGGUGAUUGGUUUCAGGAUCCUGGAAGCUAGUUUCCUGAAAAGCACUUUUUGAAUUCUGACUUCUUCGUAAAACAGAGCUGGUAAGCCAUAGUUAGUGUUCAUGACCUCCUCUCUCUUCGAGGAACAAGCUAGUCAAGCCCACCUUAGAGAUGGUCCAGACAUUCGCAUUAGGUUCACCAAAUUGGUUGACCCAAUGCCACAAUCCUAUUUUUGAAGUGUUUGGAAUUUUUACUCUGAUCCGCCAGCAAGUCAUGAGCUCCGGGUUCUAAACCAAAUGGUCUGUUCUUGUUGGGUCUGCUCUUUUUAUAUUGCUUUACAUUUUUUCAGGAAAUUAAAUUGCAUGGAUGUAGUCUAUGUGCAUAUUUUUUAACAAUGCCGAAUCUGUAUGAAUACUGUAAACUUUGAUUUUUUUAAAGAGAAAUCAGAUUUUAGCUUGAGCUUUCGACUAAUGUACAGUAAAUGCCAAACUGCAGACUUGAUAGGGACGUUUUUGUAAGUUAAUUUUUUAUGACUUUUCACACUUAAAGUGAUGCUUCGGGUUUGACUCAUUGGCCACAAAGGGGUUGUUUGGUACAGAAACUUGAAGCUAUUUGUGGUAUGGACAACUCAGAUGUUUCUCAUUAAAACAAACAAAAAUUC